UUCGAUCUUGAGAUUAAUUGUAUUCAUUCAAAUAUUCAAAAUAAAAUUUUUAAUAAUAAAUUUCGAAAACCGAAAUUUAUAAGUUACAUUUAAAUUCAACUGGAGUCACCGCGUUUUAUAGUGAUCAUAUCCAAGUGUUUGUUCAUAAAUCGGAAACGAUCGGAGUAACCUGCCGUACACGGUAAACUUAACUAUGUCACCAUAGAUCAAUCACAUCCUGGAUUUAGAGUUAGAUAUUGAUUUGAAAUAGAAAAGAAGAACAAAAGUUAUACCAUUGUUUUGAAUUAUGGAGGAAACUUUACGUAUAAGGCAUAUAAAUCUUAAAAGAAAAGAUUAUCUGGAAUGGGAAGAUUAUUUUAUGGCAACAGCUUUUUUAGCUGCAAAAAGAAGCAAGGACCCUUGUACACAAGUAGGAGCAUGUAUUGUUAAUAAUGAAAAUGUGAUUGUUGGAGUAGGUUACAAUGGAAUGCCUAAAAAUUGUCAUGAUGACAAUUUUCCGUGGGGAAAAUCAUCUAAUAACCCGUUACUUAACAAAUUUAUGUAUGUAUGUCAUGCGGAGGUUAACGCUGUUUUAAAUAAGAAUAGUGUUGAUGUAAAGAACUGCAAACUAUAUGUUGGUUUAUUCCCAUGUAAUGAAUGUGCAAAAGUCAUUAUACAAUCUGGAAUCAAAGAAGUUAUAUAUUUAUCUGAUAAACAUUCUUCAAAAAAUAGUACUAUAGCUUCAAAAAUGAUGUUUGAUGCAGCCGAAAUUAAAUACAGGCAAUUUGUUCCAAAGCACACAAAAAUUGUGAUUGAUUUUGAAGAAAUAGAUUGGAAUAAGAUGCAUCAACUUCCUGUAAGCCCUAUUAAAGAUAUUGAAACUGAUGAGGAAAUUCAAGAAAACUAGCAUUAUUGUCAAAGCAUAUAUAUAUAUAUAUAUAUAUAUAUAUAUAUAUAUAUAUAUAUAUAUAUAUAUAUAUAUAUAUAUAUCUCCAGUAAGAGUUGACUCUUACUGGACUUAUUAGUAAAAGUUGAUUAAAAGGAAAAGUGAUAAAUUUUGAACAACAUUUAGGGGAAAGUGGUUACCCUUUGUACGCUUUAUAGAUUUUAUUUUUCGAAAUUAUGAUUAAUUAUCGAAUUUAUCUAGUUUAUAUACCUAAGUGUAAAAAAUUUAUUGUAAUUUGUUACAAAAAAAUCCGAAACUGUUAUUUCAAAAGGUAAAAGAGUUAUAAUGAUUUUUCUAUGAUAAGAUAUUUGUACGAAUGUACCCCGUACAUGGAAUACGUUCGUACAGUAGGUGGGGUACUUUCAUACGCCAUGGGGUAGAUUCAUACAGGAUAAUUAAAAAGCCUAUUAAAUUUGUAAUUUUUUUAUUAAUUAUUAUAAAAAUAUUUAUUUAUCAAAAAACUAACUUGAUAAUAUGUGACUUGACCCAUAGGCGAUAAAUUUUCUUUAGAAACAAGAAUAAAUUAAAUCGUUCAUCCUUAGUUUACUUAUUGAUAAUUCUAAGCUUUACAAUCAGUCUAAAUUAUAUCUUUGCAAUAUUUUUUUAUGAGAUCGUUAUACUAUCUUUAUACAGUUAUACAGUCUUUGACAAUCUAAACUUAAAGUAGCUAAUCAUACAUUUGCUUGUUACUUUGGAAGUUAUUGCACAUUAUAAUUAUUUGAAUUAAUUGCAAAAGUAAGAAGUAUAGUCAUUCUAGCUGUACAGCCCGCUCGUGGUUGUGGAUCAGGAAGGAUCAUGGCGACAUCGGUGAUAUACAGAGUGUGAUGUCUUUAAUAUCAGGGAAAAAGAAUGACCAUGAUGAGCCCGGUUUCUUCCGAAGAUAAGAUACUUUCAGCUCUGUACCCGAAUAAUGACUGAGAACUUUUCCGACAUAGUAUACAACAGAAGUCUUUUUCUCAAACUUUACCAACACAAAACAAUUAUCUUUGAUUUUAUCUGGAGUCACAUUUAAAUUAUUAUUGAUACUAAGAUCAUCAAUUUCUUCGUCCGUUUCGAAAUCGAUUGGAGAUGUUAAACUCUCCCGCAAGCUAAAUUGCGAUCCUUCAGAUUCUUCUGAAUCUUCAUCAUUUUCUAUUUGCUUAGCUUUCUUUUUCUUAUGUAUUAAAUUAAGUUCGGUAAACUACGUUUCACUGCUUUGGCUCUGGCUUUCCUUUCCUGUUCUAUUUUUUUCAAUUCUUUCUGUCUAUGUUUCUUUUCUAGUGCUGUUUUUUCAGGUGUAUCUGUAUAUAUACGGGAUUUACCAGGUUUUCUUCAUUUAUUGGUUUUUCUGUUUCUAACAACUGUAGGAUAAGGUCUAAUGACUUAGUUGCAGAGGUAGAAGGUUCGUCAGUUCCGGUAAAAAUAUCUUGAAGAUUUUGAAACAAAGAAGGCAACUCCUCACGAAUAUCUGGCUCAUUCAUAUCAGUAGAUGGCACAAUGGUGGAGGGUUGUGAUUCUAGAGCGACAGUACUUGUUUCUGGAUUAGGUAACACAUUUGCCAAAUUAUUUGAAUUAUAUACGUCAAUGGGAGCGAAAUCUUUAUCACUGAACGUCAUUUCAUUGAACGGGCAUAUACCUGGCUUCUCAAAUGCACUUGUAAUAUUUUUUACUGUAAAUGAGUCAAGUAUAUGCAAGUUUUACCAGUUUAGGUAUGUUAUAAAUAUUGACUGUCUUGCCAGGAUUCGACAUAUGCCAAUUGUUAAACGCAACUUUUAACUUUGCCUUGAAUGGGCCCAACACUGCAACAUCUAAAGAUUGCAAUCGAUGACUGGUGUGCGGGGGAAAAGACACAAAAAUUAUGCCAUUGUCUCGAGCAUAUGUUAUAGCCUGUAAGCUGAUAUGGCUUUCGUGAUUAUCACACAAUAGUAAAAUUGGAUGCUCUUUAGAGCUCAGAGUGUGUUUCUGAAUGUGCCUUAAAACCGAAACAAAUAUGUCAGCAUUUAUCCACCCACUUCUAUUAGCAGCCGAGGCUUCCUUCAGGCGCACCUUCUAGAAAAUGGUUCCCAUAGUGUACACGUGGAAACACAAAUAGCGGAGGAAUAUUAUUGCCGCUUGCAGAAAUAAUUGCACCAAAUGUAACUAGUUCGCCUCUUUCCGCUGACACGAUUUGUCCCACUUCUUUUUGAGAUUAAGGAGCCAAAAUUUUAGGAGUUUCUAAAACUGUAGAUACGCCCGACUCGUCAAAGUUAUAUAUUCUGUUGGCAGCAAAAUUAUGUCGUAACACUUCAGCUAAAUUAUUAUAAAACUCUUGGACUGCACGCUUAUUGAAGGCGAACGAUCUAGCUGCACUUGUCUUCUCCGGUUUUCGCAGACUGAGGUUGGUGUUUCUCUCUCUAUAUUUACACAUCCACUCUACGCCGGCUAUUUGGUUUUCAUCACAUUUCGUGGGAUAUUUUAAAUUUGACGCUUUCGCGUAUUCGUAUGCAAGAUUGGAAUUUGUACUGUUGUUAGCCCAUAAUGAAGUGUCUCUUCUUCCAAGGAGAAGACUUGUAGAUUCGUGAACUUAGAAUGACAUGUUCGUUAAGGUCCAUCGGUGUUAGAGCUAUCUUUAAAUUUCUGGACUCUGCUUUCCAACGUCGAUGUCUUGAUGUUAUAUUUCAACGCGGUUUUCCUAUACGACAACCGUCCUUGAAUUAUGUAAUCAAUUGCUAAUUUCAUGGACUCUUCGCCAACCUCUGAGUACGCGAAAUAUAAUUUUCGGUAAUCAAAAAUUAUUUUUAAAAAUUUAUUUAAUACAAAAAUUACAAUUAAUCUUGUAUUAUUGAAUGGUUACAAUUAAUCUCUCACGCGAAUUAACUAUAAACAUUACUAAGGUGUUUACAUUCUUUCGUUUAUAUAAUAAAAUUAUUGCUGACAAUAUUUGAUACUAUUGCAUUUUAUUAAAAUGACCUUCUAGAAUUUUCUCCAUGUAAUUUCUCCAUCCCUAAGAUUGAAAAAUGACGGAGGUAUUUUUCAUAUCUUGUUUUCUUCGUUCUUCUAAUUCGAUGUCUUCUUUCUUCUUUUCUUUAAAUUUCUGUUUUCUUACAAAUUUUCUUUUAUAUUUUUGAAUUAACUAUAACAUUAUUAAAAUUAUACAAAUGAUUAUAAUUAUUGUAAAUAGUCCUAUUGAUACAUGGUUUUGUGAAUUGUAAAUUUCAUGGAUUGGCUUUAUGUUUCUAGCUAUUUUAUUUAUUUCAUAUAAUUUUUCAAAGUCUGUUGGUUAAAUUUGGAAAUUUAUAAAUUUGAUUAUUUAAAAAUUUCUUUUUGAUUUGUAUGUUAGCUGAGAAGAUUUCAUUUUCUAUUUGGAUGCUACAGUUCUUUGGAAUUUUUACAAUUGAUGGAUAACUUAUUUUCAAAUAAUGGUCCGAAACACAUUUAGAAAUCACUUCAGUUUCUGAAUUUGGAAUUACUAAAAGUUCGUUAUUUGUCACUUGUUCUAAUAUAGUUUCCUGGAGAUUUAUUUCACUAACAACACAAUUUUCAGCAGAGCGUCCGUUUAACAAUUCAAUAGUACAAUUGUCUUUUACCUUAAAUGUUUCUUUGCAGUAAUAUUUUCCUUCUAACACUGGACAUUCUUCUUUGAUAAAAAUAACAUCUUCUUGAUUUCUGGCCAAGUAAGGUUGAGGAGGGAUAAAUAUUGUAUGAUUUUGGAUUACGGGGUAUAAAUGAAAAAAUUCAUAGGUUUUGAGUUUUAGGAUAGGAACAAGGGUAGCAAAAAUUAUUUUGGAUUUGGAAAAGGUUACUUGUGAGCCCAGAAAGAAAUAAUACGUUAAAAUAUUCCAUCAUUUCUAAAAUUUCUUGACUAGAUAUGACUGAACUAUGAAUCGUAUUUAAUUUAGAAAAUGUUAUUGCGUUUUCAAUAUUAUCAAUUAAUGUAAUUAAACUUUGACAAUCCAGAUUAAUCUGUGAAAUUGUACUGUAAAAUGUUAUAAAAUUAUUCAAAGUUAUUAUUGUAUUUUCUAUCAAAAUGUGAAAUUUCUCUAAAUUAUCAGAAAGUUUCUGUUGAUUGUUUCAUAGAGUCGUAAUCGAUUUAUUAUAAUGAUCAAUUAAUUUUUUAUGUAACGAUAUUUGCAAAUUUACUUCAUGAAUUAUUUGUUUUUGAUUUUGUUGUAAAACAUUUAUAGCAUUAUCAUAUCUUUCUUCGUCGUCUGAAUCUAGAGUUCCAAAAAGCCAUUUAUCUAUUUUGCCUACUGCAUUUAUUAAUCCUCUUUUUAAUCUUUUAAUCUGGAUAAAUGUUUUCUGAUUUUUUAUCUAAAGUAUUAAUUAAAAUUUCUGUUCUACUUAGUGAUUGUUCAGCUAAAUUAUGAUAUGAAAUAGAAUUUGUAGCGUUCGCUUGAGAUAAAUUAUUUUUUAAACUAUAAUAAGAUUGUUUCAAAUUAUUAAUCUGUUUAUGAACAUAUUCUAGGUCUAUAUAAUAUAUAAAAGUAUACUUUUAUAUAUUACAUAUUACUAUUAAUAAGGU